CACAGAUACACUUCUCCCACUGCAAUUGUUUAUAAGAUUAAGAGCACUCAGAGCGUAUCUUUCCUUUGCUAAAGGAAAAUGAGAACCAACCAGAUAGUGAAGUAUUCCCUUUUCGUAUCCUGCUAUAUAUUUUGGGUUGCCAGCGGACUGAUGAUCACAGUGGGAAUUUAUGCCAAGCUUUGCAAAGAAACCAGUCCAGUGGAUUCCCUCACCACAGACCCUGCUAUUAUGCUAAUUGUGGUGGGAAUCCUCAUGUUCACUAUAACCUUUAUUGGAUGUAUGGGAGCUCUGAGAGAUCUGCAUUUGUUACUUAAAAUUUUUGCCUGGAUGUUGGGUAUAGUUCUGAUCCUUCAAUUUGUGGCAGCUGUCCUUGGUUUCCUCUUCUCUGGAAUGGUUCUGCAGAAAGCCACUACUGUUAUGUCAAGAGCUAUUGCUCAGUACAGGGAAGAUCUGGAUUUGCAAAACUUUAUUGACUACAUCCAGAAAAAGUUUGAAUGCUGUGGAGUAAAUAGCUACCAAGACUGGUCCAAGAAUAUCUACUUCUUAUGUACUGCGACUAAUCCUAGCUUGGAGAAAUGUGCAGUGCCAUAUUCCUGCUGCAUAAGGGAAAAAGGACUGAAAAUCAUAAAUACCAUGUGUGGGUACGAAACCCAGAAUCUUAAGACAUGGGAUGCAGAGGAAUACAUCAACACUGAAGGCUGUUUGGAGAAGAUUGUAAACUGGGGUCGAGGAAACCUUUUGCUUCUGGGUGGCCUUGCCAUGGGACUCAUCUUAUUGGAAAUACUUGUGACCUGUUUGGCUGUAAUUAUGAUUUAUCAGAUCAGCUUCAUAAUGCAGAGACGGAAAAGCACAGCACCAGUGAUGAGUGAACCCAAAGACAGAAGAAUAGAGUAUGUGAUAGCAGAGGAAUGUGAAUAUGUGGUCAACUACUGAACACUGUUUUUGCUCACUUGCCAGAGAGAUAUGUUUACCAUGAAUUGCUACUGAGACUGACUUCAUAAAAUUGCAGAUUCUGUGCUGCCAAUCAACUACGAACAAAAACAAAAUUGAAUCUAAUGCUGUGAAAAUAGGGCCUGGAAGAAAUGAGGUCCCUUAUGGAUAUGAAAGACUUCUAUACCACUGGACCUCUUGGAAGAAGAAUGUAUUAAUUACACGGGAACAGAUAUCUUAGUGUACCAAUGUACUGCAAAAUAUCAAGAGCUUGUUUUCAUUCGCAAGGGACACCAACAUUUGGUACUUGUAUUAGAAUUGACAUUGGUACCUUAUAUUUCCAUUAUGGAGAAAAUUAAUGGCACUGAGUUUUUACUGUCUAUAUCAUAUGGGCCAGAGAUCUGGAACUUCACACGUUUUUGUGACCCUUAGGAGCUUGAGCAAAAAGCAGACAUCAGUAAUAUAUUAUUGAAAAAGCUGUUCCUUCUCAUUAGGUAAUUAAGAAACAAAGAUUCUGAUGGCUCUAAAGUAUAAUCUUAUAGGGACAGUCUACACCUUAGUUAUCUUAAAGUCUUACUUUAGAUUAAGCUGGAAAUAUCCUCCUACAGCUUAUCUAUAUCAUGCAGCAUUAACAGUAAUUUUUUUUUUUUUUUUUUUAAAGACUAUUGUUUCUGGUCACUUAGAAAUGGCUGCCAAGCUCCGCCCACUUAUGACAUCCUGAUCUGGGCUGCAUUAAAGGCUUCUCUAGUAACAAAAGACUCACUCAUUGGAUUUAACAGCCUGUCAAUGCUAUUCAGCAGAGUGCCUAGAUGCAGCCUAGAUCAUGAUGUCAUCAGUGGGUGGAGCUUGGCAGCUAUUUCAAAGUGUCCAGAAACAAUAGUCAAUUUAAAAUAACUUUUUUUACUGUUACUGCUGCAUGAUAUAGAAAGAGUGCAGGAUGAUAUUUGCAGCUUAAUCUAAACUAAGACUUUAAGAUGACUAAGGCGUGGACUGUCCCUUUAAUUAGUUCAUAGGAAAACCUUAUGGUUAUUCCAGGCAUUCUUGAAGAUUGUCCUUACCACUACUAAUGAAAAUUUAUUCCAUAAACAAACCACCCUUUCUGUAAAGCAUAAGCAUGUGUAGUUGUACCAAAGUUUGUAAAUUUAAGUGGAAUAUACAAGUUCAAUUAAUUAAUUUAACUAAUUUCUUAUGUAAUUUUGAACUAAAAAAUGUGAUUAUAAUCUAA